AUGGUCGGACUGUUGCAAGAGACCGGGAGGGUAGAGCGCGAAAAAAAAUGAAAAUGUAGAUCAGUGUGCUAUUCGAUUCCGCGCCGUAAUGUUGUCGGUGCCACGCGAUCCGACCACGCCGUAACCAUACGCACCAUGCGCUCCAUCGUACGCAAGCGGCUUGAAAAUGGCGCACCACGCGGUGGACAAGCGCCCGGAAGUCUGCGGUCACCGGAAGUUACUGUGGGCCCGCCGUUGCUGUUGCUGCUGAUGUUACUGGCCACCUUCGGAGGUGUUGUGCGGUGUCAAACGUUCAUCCGACGAACGGCCAACGUCUGCCGGACGGAUGACGAAUGUCCGGUGCAGGCGUACUGUGAGCGUUACAACUCGAUCCACGAGUAUGGCGUUUGCUCGUGCAUGGCCGGUUACUUCGCCGUGACAGACGGUAAUAACACGCGUCGGUGCUUGAGAGCGGCCACCGACAUCGGAGACUAUUGCCUGCACAAUGACCAGUGCCAGUACACGCUCAGCACCGGCAAUUCGGAGUGCCGGGACAACUCGUGCCAGUGUGUGGACGGGGCGCAUUAUGUCGAGCGGGAAAAGCGCUGCUACAAGACAAGCUUUUUGGGCGAGUACUGCCGGCUGACGAACAACUGCAUCGGGAAUGACACGUACUGCCGGGACGGGAUCUGUGUGUGCACUCCGGGAAAGCAUCCGAACGCGGACCGGAACCGGUGUCUGCAUGAUGCCAAGCUCGCUGAUCAGUGCUUCCGGGAUGAGGAGUGUGUAACGCCGAAUUCACGGUGCUCCCAGGAGAUCUGUACGUGCCGCGUUAGUCACGUGUUGAACGAGCAACGGAAUCGAUGUCUACCCAUUGCAGGAAAAAUCUACGAUCUGUGCGAGGAAACCCUACAGUGCUUGUACAACAUUCCCUACUCACAGUGCCGCAUUACGACCAGCUCGGAUGGAAUCACCGCCGGACGGUGCACCUGUGCAAGCCCGUACCAUGAGGCCAAUUUUAGAUGCGUCUCGUCGGUGCACCUGAAUGGGGUCUGUGAGGUGCCGGACAAUUGUAUCGAUCCUGACACAACCUGCAUCCACGGACGGUGCCGGUGCAUUGAUCACAUGCUCGACGUGGACGGCAUCUGUUCUGGAGCAGGUCGGAUUCCACACGUCGGUCACGUGGUCGUCGUACUGGCGGUUCUUGGCACAUGGUGGUGCGGAAGCAGCUGACGAGGAUGACAAUCCCGUGCUAACCCGUGCACUUGAACAACAUGGACAUGCACAUCUCGUUUCUAGAUAACUCAAAAAGGCGCAUUACUCAGCUACUUACUAAUGGGACAGUAUUCUGAUGGUCUCCCGUUGCCUACCAUGCGGAACGAUCGAAAAGUAUCGAAAGUAUCUCAGCACAAUCAUCCGUACCAAAUG